AUGCUUGUCCGCGAUGACACCAAGUCAAUGGCCGAGUCCAUGGCUAUCGCGCAAUCUCCGGUCAGCGAUGCGCCGCCGCCUUACGAAAGCAGGCAUUCUAGUGUUCGAAAGGACAUGGUUCAGGCCGUCCCGACCUCUGUGUCGCGUUCUCCGUCCACAUUGAACAGCGGCUUUCCCACUAGUCCCACGUCACAAUAUCUACCUGCGGCAGAAGACGCGAAACCUCGUACAAUUAACCAUGUGUCAUUGUAUUCUCGCCGUGAAGCAGUCUAUGGAACGUUUCUUGUUGACCCAAAUAUUCCUGAGACACCCUUGGACACAAGAAUAUUCCCCUCAGAGAAGCCGUGUGAAUAUGAGAUAAAGAAGCGCGAUCGCUCCGUCGAGCGUGCACACGCUCGCAACUCCAGACGUGCUUUUGGUUCAGUUUCCCAUGGCAACGACGACUCACCUUGCGACAAGAACAAAGAUUCCUGCCGCGAUCGCAUUGCGCCUGUCAACGCUGCCUUCAGAACGCGCCACGGCAUGAUCAACCUCGACUUGGCCAUCGUCAAUUCAGGUGCUGCCAGCGCGAUCUCACACGAAGCAAAGAAAACGCGCGGACGUGUGUUGCUGUCCAGCCGUCAUGGGCGGAUUGACGUCAAUAUGUACGAUAUCGAGCACGACUGCUGUGUCGACUUGGACGUGUCGACACGCUUUGGGGACAUUAAUGCUUUGCUCCCCCCUACCUUCGAUGGCACCCUUGCGUUUGCCAUACGGAAACGCUCCAAAGUAUCCUUCCUGCCCGUGUUUGCCUCGCGUGCGCGUGUUGUGCGUGAAUCCGACCAUGAAGUGCUCGUCGUGUUGUCCAGACCUACCCCGGCGUCACUUGCAGUGGGUUCGGAUACUAUGUCUAAUCGUUUGCUGGAUGGUGGCGACCGCUGCGUGAUCAGGACUCAUGAUGGGAAAAUCACUGUUGGAUUUAGCGGUCUUGACUCGCUGCCAUGA